GUUCAGAGUGGAACAAGAUGGCGUCCAGUAACAACGUGUCCCGUUGUCGUGCUGAGAAAGUGUGUGUGACAUCCACAGUAAUGAGCCAUCCGAGCCUCCGUAUGUCCGGAUAAAGCUGUCUGAAUGGACUUUGUGCUGUUCACCGUUUUUCGGAAUGUUUUCCCGCUGACUCAUCUCCCGGUAGCCUACAAAGCUACAGAAGUUAGCUUAGCAUGCUAGCUGUAAACAGAGCGGAGCUUAGCAACACAGCGCUAGUCAGAGUGACUGUUUGAUGGAGAGCAAACAGUGUUUUUGACGGAGUUUGUGUGAUUGUGUGAAAAUGUGUAAAGUCCAAAUGCUGAGAGCGUUGGUGAAGCAGCGACUAACUGCGGCUGCUGAAGAGAUAUUUGGGCUGUUUGAAAGAACGAUAGCAGAGUACGAGGAGGAACUUUGUCGUUCAAAAGAGGAGAACGAGCGACAACGGAAACUACUGGACGCUGUUUUCAACCCUCAACUUCGGUUACACAGAGCAGACGUCCAGCAGCUGUCAGUGAUUAAAGAAGAGGUUCCCCCUGAGCAGCAGCAGGAGUGGAGACCCAGUCUGGACCAGGAGGAGCCCCCACACAUUAAAGAGGAACAGGAGGAAGUCAGGACCAGUCAGGAGGGAGAGCAGCUUCAAGGGUUCACAUUCACUCCUGUCCCUGUGAAGAGUGAAGAUGAUGAUGAUGAUGAUGAUGAUGAUGAUGAUGAAGAGAAACCUCAGUCCUCACAGCUUCAUGAAAGAGACUCUUCUGAACCUGACAGUGAUGAUGAUUGGAAAGACACCAGAGAAUCUCAGUCCAGUUCAAACUCUCUGAAUAAAGUCCCUUUAAGUUCCAGGAACAAAGAUCCAGACAGACAGAGACAACCUGAUACUGAUGACACUUGGUAUUAUCAGCUCAAAAACCAUCAGUGUGUUGGUGAGUCCUCACAGUUUCAUGAACUCUGGACCACUCAGGAGAUAGAGCAGCUUCAACGACUGAAGGAGGCUGAUGUCAUCAAGUUCACAUUCACUCCUGUCCCUGUGAAGAGUGAAGAUGAUGAUGAUGAAGAGAAACCUCAGUCCUCACAGCUUCAUCAAAGACAAACUGAACAGAUGGAAACUGAUGAUGGAGAGGACUGUGGAGGACCAGAACCAGCCAGAAACUCAGAUCCAGAUACACACUUACAACCAGUUAGUGAAGACAAUUCUCUAGACUCUUCUGAACUUAAGACUGAUGACAGUGAUCAUGAUUUUAAAGAGACCAGGGAACCUCAGUCAGGUGAUGUUACCAAUAUAAAGCCUUUGAGCUGUUUAGUUUGUGAAAAACGUUUUUCAAGGAGAAAUAAUUUAAAUAGACACAUGAAAAUUCACACAGGAGAGAAACCUUUCAUCUGCCCGGUGUGCAAUAAAAGAUGCAGUCAGUAUACACAUUUGCAGCAACACAUGACAAUCCACACAGGUGAGAAACCGCUUGGCUGCUCAUUUUGCGAUAAAAGCUUCAGUCGAAGGAGUGAUCUGCAGAGACACAUGACCGUACACACAGGAGAGAAACCAUUCAGCUGUUCAACGUGCGGUAAAAGCUUCCUUCAUAAGAGUGAUUUGGAGAGACACAUGAGAACUCAUACUGGUGAAAAACCAUUUAGCUGCUCAGUCUGUGGUAAAAGCUUCAGUCAAAUGAGUAUUCUGCAGUCACACAUGAGAAUGCACACAGGUGAGAAACCAUUCAGCUGCUCAACGUGUGGUAAAAGCUUUAUUCGUAAGAGUUAUCUGCAGUUACACAUGAGAACUCACACAGGUGAGAAACCAUUCAGCUGUUUCGUCUGCGAUAAAAGAUACGUUAAAAAGAGUACUCUGCAGUUACACAUGACAACUCACACAGGUGAGUAGCAGCAGGAAUUGAAGUAGCUUGUUUAAAUAAUUUCCCCCUAGGAUUAUUAAAGUAUUUAUGAUUCUGAUUCAAUGGUAACAGAAAAACAAGUUCGAGUGCAUCAUGAUAUCAGAACAACAGAAGCAUGUGUUGGCUAGGUCUGUAAGUAUUCUGAGUGACUCCACUUUCAGUCCAAUAUUUCCAUUUCACCAGCUAUUUGUAGGGAUUUGAUUUUCACUCUGGUCACUUAACUAGUUUACACAGCCCAGAAUUAAUUUAUAACAUUUUAUUUUAGCUUUGUGAAUUAGAAUAUGUGUCUCAGACUGUCUGUUUAAUUGACAAUGAAACAAAAAACAAAAAUUGAAAAAACUAUAUCAUUAAAUGUGGGACGCCAAAUAUACAAAAUGUCUGUAACACGAAGAAAAGUUGAGGCAGGAGCAUCUUAACUACUGUUUUACAUCACCUUUUCUUUUAAUAGCAUUUGUUUUGGGAAGUGAGGACACUAAUUAUUGAUGUCAGGGGUGCAAGAGAUCACAAACCUCAUUGUUCUGAUUGUUUAAGAGGCUCAAAGGAAGAAAAUGUGGAGUUUUUCUCACUGACUCAACUGUUUCCUCUCAUCAUCAUCUUAUUAAAUCCUGGUGGAUGGUUUGGAGUCAGGUGGGGCAAAGACAGUCAAUAGUUGUGUUUGAUUGAUUUGCUUUAAUUUAUUUAUUAUUUUGAUAACUUUGCUUUUCUUUCGAUAAUCUCAUGUAGUAACGACUUUGGUCCUCCCUGGUUUGUGUAUAUUUAACUUGUAAACAUACUGCUUCUCAUACCGCUGGUUGUGUUUUGUGAAGGUUUCUUUAUAUGUAAAUAAUAAGUAAGUAAUUAAUGAGUUUUAAUUGCUUACUUGAAUAUAUGCGACUGUAACCUGAAACCAGCUAACGGGAUCGCUGGCACCACUGACCAUAAACAGCUUCAUAUAGUUUUAAUGUUGUUCACAAGUAAGUAGAAUACUUCUCAACUUUGGUAAAUGUAAUUAAUGUUUUUUUUUACUGAGGUUUUAUCGUUGUGAUUUUGUUAUGGUUUACGUGUUACCCCGGAAGUCUGUACAACAGAGCGAGGUAACGGGGUAAUUGUAGCAGUAAUUUACUCUCAAUGUCUAAACUGCCCCAAGCAGGUUAUCUUGGUGGUAGGACCACAAUGCAUCUGUUCUGUUCCCAUUGAAUCCUUAUAAAGAUCAGAGAGGCUGUUUAUGGUUGCAGUCAUUCACAAUAUAGAAACACAGUAUUAAUAUAUAUGGAAUAAAUGAUAUACAGAACGCUGUAUUCCAGAGAAAUCCAGAAGGUGGUUGGUGCUACUCACUGUACACUUAUUCUAACGGUAGCAUUCAUACAGGGAGCCUUCAGCUUCGCUGCUGUAGUGUCCAGGUUUUAAUUCAGGGCUUAAAGUUCUCAGGCAGCAUGCCUGAUUUCAGUUUAGUGCAUUGUAGUUUGAUCAUAUUGUGUAUUUAUACUGGUUAUAUUUAUAAUAAAUUCCUUUAAAUAUACAUUCUGGUUCAUGAAUAUUGUUAACAUUGUACAAAUGUGAGUGAUAGUGAUGAAUGACAGACAUUGUAACUAACAGGAAACAUUAGAAAACAUAAUCAUUUGUGUCACUUUAUGGGUCCAUGUAUCCUAAAGUUUCAGGUUGCAAUCAGUAAACUUUAUUUUCAUAAAGGGACCUUUGUUUUGUUUCUAUAUUGUUGCUUCAAACGGCAUUAAACAUUCUGCGUUUCUACAUAAAA